AUGGCGCCUCUCUCUUGUUCGGCCGGGCCUGACAAGCAGAGCAGGAGCAAGACGGAUGUCAGGUCUGCUCUGGAUACCCUCUCCGCGCUGGAUGCCAUCUUUUCAGACAGUGGGUAUGAAAGUGGCUCCGUCGGCGACGAUGAAGACGACGACGACGGCCAGCUCCCCCCCGAACACUACCUGGCCUUAGCAGAGAGCCUUGAUAUCGCUCAGCUUCGACAGAAGCGGUACAGCCCCAGAACCCAGGAAAAACUCGAUGAGACCCGUGGUUACUGGGAGAGGUAUUGUCGGCACAUCAAGGCCAACGCGGAGCGGCAAUGGGAUCGGAUCUCUAAUUCAGAGGAGACGGUUCGCUUCCUGUAUGCAUUCUUUAGCUGGCGGUGUGAUAUCCGUCGUGGCAAGAACAAUCGAUACUGUCCGGGCAUUAAGCGCAAAAGCUCACUGGAGACAUUUUGGAAGUGGUGGCACCUUGUCCUCAAACAGGAAACGGCAUCGGGACUCAGCAAAGAUACAAUUGUCAAGGUGGAGGAUGUUGUUGCACAGGUGGCCACAGAAAAAGAGCUGGCUCUUGUUGGGCGGCCAAAGAAGAACAUGUAUAUUGAAGAUGUUGCUGAGUUCGCUCAAGUCGUUCUCACCACCACUGAGAUGACAUUUGUCUGCGGUUGGCAGCGCAUUCAAAUGCUUCUCUUCUUGCAGCUUGCAGCCAUCACCGCCAGCCGUCCCUCGGCGAUCCUCCAUCUUCGGUAUCGAGAUAGUCGUUAUAAGGCACCGAACGAGUUUAAGAUUCCGGAAAUCAUCUUUGACCCGACCCUGGUUCUCAGCCCGCAUAUCUGCCUGCUGACUAUGCUCUUUCACAUUGGAGGAUUCAAGUCAAUUUCAACAAGUGGACCAGUGUUGGAUUGCGCAGAGAAACUCUACAGCGCCAAAGUGCUGGAUGGCAAGGGACAGCAGCCGCUACUACUAAAGGAUGAAUUACUGGAUAAGUUUGUGUUUUGCCAGACGGAGCCAACAUCCACCGGAUUUAAAAUUUGCUUGGAUCAGAGGAUGACUCCAUCCAUGGUGAGUUCCCGGAUGCGCCGAGCCGGUGAGAUCACGGGCUUUGAGGAGGUCGCCCACCCGUACAACCUCCGAUAUGCUGGAGCUAAGGCAUUUAACAACAGCGAGGAAGUUACGGAGGCUCUUCAGAACGUCAUGCUCCAGCACGCGGAUAUUCGCACCUUCGUCAAGCAUUAUCAGGUGGACGUCGACGUUGACGCGCAGGGAAUAGUUCGGAAAACAGGCUCCCAAACAGCAUUGGUGCAAUUUGCCUGCUCGAUGAGUGCAUCCAUCGACCCCAACCGACCGUAUAAGCUCUCUCCAGAAGAAUCAUGGUCCCUCAAUUACCUUCCAGCUGUCCGUGGCCGUCAGGAUACUGUCCAGAAGCGCAAGCGGGAAUGGGAGGAUCGUGAAGCCGAGUUAGCACGUGCCAACAGGGUAUGCAAGACUUCUCUAGGGCACCUUGACGACAGAGUACUCGCCGAGUCCAACCCUGAGGUGCUGGAGAGACUGGAAGUUUUCCGUGAUCGGACAACAGAAGCAAAGUCGGAGCACAACAAGGCUACCCGUGAGUUGCGCAACGAGAAGCAGCGGCAGCGGAACCGACAGAUCCGUGAGAACCUUGAGCGCUAUAAGAAUGAGCAGCCUGUGAUUGACCUUGAACGACAACUGGCCGGGAAGCUGGUGGAUACCAAAGUCAUGGACACUUUCGAGCACGAGGCCUUCAUGCCUCCCGAGCACUUGAUGUUUGUUGACUGCGUGCUGACCAUGCCGGGCGCUAAUCUUGAAGCGGAAUAUCAGCGGAGGAUCAACACAAUCAACGCAGGAGUUGCAUUCUGUGGCGUGGAGGAAGGGCGGCCCUCGCGCCGGCCCACGCAGACCCGUGGCAGGCCCGCGGUCGAUGAUGACCCUUGUCCUCCGACCAAGCGGCAGAGGUGCUCGGUAAAGGAUAACACUGAGGUCCUCUUGCACCAAGCAAUGGAGUCUGUGCAGGCCAAGUCUACAGCUGAACGGCCUCAGACCUGCUUUCGGCCUCGCGUUUGCUUUCUCUGCGUUGGGAAUCCUAGUUGCGCGCUGGAGGACCGCAUUAUGAAAUACGCAACAGCCGGAUCGCUUACAAGGCACUUUCUACGAAGACAUAUCAACCCUCCAUGGCCGGCCACUGGGGUUGAGUGCAAUGUUUGUGAGGGGAAGGUGCUCCCGGCCAAAUCUGCUCUUCUAAGCCAUGCAGAGGAGGCCCACGGAACUGUUGUGCGGGGUCGCGCUCGGGAGAAGCUGGCGUUGGAAUAUCAACGGAGCCUAGAGAACUAG